AAGGCCGAAGCUUCCUCCUGUCAACCAUUCGACGACACGGGCGCGCGCGACACCCAGCGCGCCUCGACCACAGCCACUGGCAUUCCGGUCCCACCAGCCGCCUGAAGGGCCCCGCACGUCAUUGUCCCGCGGCUAACCCGCCGCCGCGUCGCGGAACAGGGCUACAUACCUCGCUUCGCCGCUAGUCCACCAGACCACCGCCACCCGCACCGCCGCACGCACACACCAACUCCUCUCCAACCUCCUCGCCCCGCCCCGUCGGUUCGAUUCGGUCGAAGCGGGCGGGCGGGCGGGCAGGCUAGGGAUCCGGAUGGGCGCGGCGGCGAGGAGGCUCUAGGGGCGCCAGCCGAGGUGGUGGUCCGUGGGGACUGGGAGGGGAGGGCGGCGAUGGAGGAGAAGGCGUCGUCGCCGCUGGUUCCGCCGCCGUCGGAGAUCGACCUCGAGGCGGGCGGCGGCGGGGAGCAGCUCCAGUGCCGGAUCUGCCUCGAGACCGACGGGAGGGACUUCAUCGCGCCCUGCAAGUGCAAGGGGACGUCCAAGUACGUGCACCGCGACUGCCUCGACCACUGGAGGGCGGUGAAGGAGGGUUUUGCAUUUUCCCAUUGUACCACCUGCAAGGCUCCAUAUUAUUUGAGGGUUCAUUCCCACACUGACAGGAAAUGGCGAACACUGAAGUUUCGUUUCUUUGUUACUAGAGAUAUACUAUUCAUCUUUGCUCUAGUCCAGACUGUCAUCUCUGCAUUGGCAUACUUGGUACAUUUUCUUGAUGGGUACCAGCAAUAUUGGUUGAGGACAGCCUGGGGUUUUGAUAACCAAGUUAGUUUUUAUUACAUAUGUGGUGCAUUAUUAUUUUUUGCUCUAUUGGGACUAUCAGGUUGCUUCAUAACCUGUUAUGACCGAAGAGUACGAAAUGAUUUGGCUCAGCCUUGUCGAGAAUUAUGUCUUUGUUGCUGUCAACCAGGGAUGUGUGCAGAUUGCCAUCUACCUGGCACGUUAUGCAUGUGGACUGACUGCACCACCUGCUUCGAAGGUUGUGCUACCACAGCUGGCGAGUGUGGUGGUUGCUUGGGAGGUGCUGGGGAAGCUGGGCUACCUCUGCUUCUCAUCAUGGGGGUUAUUGUGCUUGGGCUUUUCACGGUCAUCGGCAUAUUCUACAGUGUCCUGGUCGCGACAAUGGUUGGCCAGCGGAUCUGGCAGCGGCAUUAUCACAUUCUUGCAAAACGAAUGCUAACCAAGGAGUAUGUCGUAGAGGAUGUCGAUGGCGAGCGCACAGACUGGUGUCCGCCGCCGCUCCCUGCAGAGCACAUCAGCCAGCUGAGGUCUCUGGGGCUUCUAUAAUAGCUAGGGUACUCGGCGUGGCAUUACCCUACCCAGCUGUACAGGAGGCGAUACAAAAGCAGGAAGUCAGGCAUACUGCGUUGAAAUGUGGCAAUAUUGAUAUCUUCUUUUUUUGUACAUUGUAAUGGCAACAGUUUCUUCCUGACAACCAAAAAGUUUUAUACCAAGUGA